UGUCAAACUUGAUGCGUUCACUGGAGGUGAAACAGACUUGUGUGUGUGUUUGUGUGUAAAAGCCGCUCGCUGCUCAAGACGCAACCAGAGACGGGAGGCGCGCCGCGGAGCGCAGGGCGAGAACAGCUUGAUCCAAACGAAAGGACAGAGACUCAGCGGGAAGAGAGCAAGUUUCAGGGAGCCUCUAGUCUGUGCAGCUGAGUGAUUUGCACCACAGCAAGAAGAUUCUAAUAUCUGUAGAGAGAAUUACGCACGGAGCGCCAUUCCGGAGUGAAGCAACUUUUACGCACGGACCUUUGGAGAUGCAACGGUUCAUUUAUUAGGAGAAAACUGAACUAUUAUCAUUGGAAAGUCAACAGUUUUGCAAUUUUUGAUCUGGAAUUUUUUUUUUUCAAACAUCUUUGAGUUGGCGGAUACUUUUAUUGGAUUGGUUUAUUUGAAAGCUUCAAAUUGAACUGAAUUCAAAGAUUUUAGGAAUAUUUAUGAAGGGACUGUAUUGAAUGUGCCAUAGUGUGCACUGACGUUAUCCCACUAUUCACCCUUGAUCUCUCCUUGAGUGAUUUUUUUUUAAUAACAUUAUGGAUUGUCAGACGUCAAAACAGCGGUAUGGAUAGAGUCAGACGUCUAGCCUCCGCGUGAGUCACCGUGAGCAAACAUUUGGAUAAGCGGCGCUUAUUGGCCGUGACACGUUUGGGGAUAUUUAACAGUGCGUGCUUUGCGCAGGCGGUCAGCGCACGACACACUGGGACGAGAGUCGGUGCAGCCGCGGGAUUGGACCCCGCUGUGCUAAAUGCCCAGCCGGUCGCUUGCGGCUCCUCAGGCUGGGCGGCAACAUGAGGUCUUGGGUCCUGCUGCUCCUGGCUGCGGUUUUAGCGACCCCGCCGCGGCUCGGGCGCGCUGAGGGCGACCCGCUCCCCCCAUCCUUAGUUGACCUGGUGAGAAAUUCUCCCAUCUCCUCUGUAGACGACCUGAAGCUUCUACUGCAGCAGGAGACAAGUGAAAUAGAAGAUGAGGAGGACAAGCAUGAUACUCUUCCAGACCCCACACAUGCUCGAUACGUUCGCAGCCUCUCUGAGGCACAGCCGGCACAGCAAGCAGUCUGCAAAGUCCGAACAGAGGUGAUGGAGAUAACAAGGUCAAUGCUGGACCGCCGCAACACCAAUUUCAUGCUGUGGCCCCCGUGUGUGGAGGUGCAGCGGUGUUCGGGUUGCUGCAACAGCCGGCAGUGGCAGUGCGUUCCCGUUGUUACCUCCAGCAGAUACCUGCAGGUAAUAAAGAUCCAAUACAUAAACCGAAAGCCCCACUAUGAAAAAGCCAUCAUCUCAGUGGAGGAUCACGUCAGCUGCAGGUGUCAUACUGCAUCUUCAGUUGCCUCCAUCUCUCGCUCUACCUCUCAGAGCAACCCCAGUCCUCCUCCACCACCACCACAACAACAGCCGCCGUCUUCCCACCAUCCGCUUCCUCCUCCCCGACCAGCUCACCCUCCCUCAUCUAAGACUCACACCUCCAAGGCUGACCUCCAUCGCCAUGAUGACCUAAAGCACAACCAACAACAUUAUAACUCUGAAGAGCGUGAUCCGGUAGCGAGGCAAUGGCAUCAAGGAAGUUACACUCAGCUGGUGCGCUGGUCGCAGCCCAGAGUGCAUCAUGCCACAAUGCACGCGCAACCGGGAAUGCACCAAACCACAGCCGGGAUGAACAAAAGCUGGCUAUCCGAAGCAAGGGGAGAGCACAGAGUCAUGGGAAACCCCCCACAGCCAGGACACGGUAGUGGCUAUGAUGGGAGCAGAGAGGAGGGGGGCCAUCCUGCAUCAAACAGUGAUGUACCCUAUCCUGACCAUGCAUCAAGGCAACAGCAGCUGUUGCAGCAUCAGCAGAGACAGUAUCAUCAUCAGUCCCAAUACCCACAAGAUCACGGCUACAUAGGAGCACAAUACCAAGAGUUGACAACACAAAUCCGGCUCAGUUUUCUGCAGUCAGACAGCCCUUCACCUUUCAGCCCAACCCAGUCACCCAGUUUUGGAGAUAAAUCCUCUCACCCUCCAACUACUGAUCAAAAAGACUCAGUGACCAUCCAAAAGACUGCACAGGUCACACAUUACAAACAGACUGAAGGAAUCAUUCAGAAAGAAGGGAGGGAGGAAAGUGGGUCAACUAAUAGUGGAGACUCAGUCGGGGCAGAGUUGACCAAUCAGGGGAAAGAGAGAGACUCUAAAACGAGCUCUGAGGAAGGUCGUUUAACAGAAGAGGAGAGGAGACAAAAACUUCUGGAAAUAGUACAGAAGGAACCGGAUAAACCUUCUCUUCUCAAUCUGCCACAUUUUCAGCAAAGACCAAAGCCAACCACAUUCAAAACAGCAUUACCAACUGCAGCUCCAAUGUUGGCAACAGCUCGCCAGGUGCCGUUUCGACCUGCUUCCCCUCGGCGAAGGAGAAAACACCGCAAACGCAUCAGCAAAGCUGCUAUGAGAGCUAUGAUCAUGUAGAAAAGGAAGCCAUUAAGCUAACUGAAAGAUCCAUCCAUACAAAGGGAUGUGGAGACACAAGGAUGUGUUUCCUCGAAGAUGGAAGUUUGUAGCCAUUUGGAUCGAUCAAAAGUGGUGGACCGUCCUCCUAUUUCUCUGGACAACUUCACAGGAAGUCUGCUCUCCAGAGGUGUCACGAAGCGUCCUGCUUUCUGGACUGAACAGAUUGUGAACUCCUGGGAUUAGUACACACUGGAUCUUGUUUGCUACAAAUGCCAUCAAGGAGGAUUUUUGGAAGUGCCCCUGAAGAAAAAAAAGCUAGACAGAUAGUAGCCAUUGACUGGCCACAUUUUCUAUGUUGUAAGUGACUGAAUUUUUGAUUGAGGACUUAAAAACAGGACAAUGAGGACACUGGACUGAACCGACAUCUACAAACUGGAGACUGAAACUCAUGCCUCAACGCCAAACAUUACUGUACUGUUCUUCUAUCUUGUCUCAAUCUAACAUUAGCUAACACUGGAGUAGGCAAACACUGAUCGAAAUACACUGAAUUUAGAGAAGAGUUCUGCUGUGUACUGUAGCUAGUUAUUCUGGAAAAUAUCAAUAACCUUUUCAUUCAUAGAAACUGCUGCCAGAUCCAAAGGAAAUAGAAUAACAACAAAAAAUAAAUAAAUAAAAAUGCCUGCUUUGAUAACAUGCUAGCAAGUCUUAAAGGCCUGGCUUUUAGAGGUUGCCAUUAUGUAUAAAUGCUUUUAGAGAAUCAUUUCCAAGGGAAAAAUAAAAUGUUAUUUCUUAACUUAUUAAAAAGAAGAUAUAAAGUCCUCUGGUUCUCAAGUGUAAUUAUUGUUUCUCUUGUCAGGUUAUAAUUAUUGGUUGUAAAACUGUUAUUGUAUGAAAUGUUUUUGUUUUUUUGUUUUUUUUUUAAUAAAAAAGAAAUGUUCAAAUAAUCUUGCAGUUUUAUGUUGGUGUGCAUGCACAUGCUUCCAAAGGGAUACUCAGUUGCACGGUAAAAUGGGGUUAAAGUACUUUGAACCACCUCCUUAAUCUUUGUCCUGUGGCUGAGACCGGCAGCACUGUCAUGCAAUUCAAACAUGGGGUCAGCAAAAAAGUCUGGUUACUAUAGCGACACAUAGAUGCAGAUGUCAACUGAGGGGUAUCAUGUGGUGAAAGGGAGAUGGAGGGGCGAGAGAGAGAGAGCGUGUCAGGCCCUGGAAUUGCUAGAAGAUGAAUGACAGAGGGAGAGGGGGGAGAAGGGGGGGCACGGAAGCAUGACAGAAAUAUGACCAGAGGAGAUACGGCGGCUAAAAUGGGUAUGUGCGGCUGAAAAUAUGACAGCAGAGAUAGUCAGUUGUUCGACAUUUAUGUGAGAGAAGAUGAUUAAAUUGUCAUUAAUAGCUGGGUUUCCCCCUGCAAAGAAAGCUCUGUCAGCAGAUUC